AUAUAAUAUAAAAAAAAAAUGCAAGAACAAAAGAAACGGGUAGAAGACCAUAUGACAAAAAUGGUCGAAGAGAUCGAUAAGACUUAUCUGCGAAAAAUGCAGAGAGAUAUGCAUUUGUGUGCCGCACAAUGUUGCGAAAAUGAAACGUACAGCGUACAAAAGGUGCACAACUGUGUGGAGAACUGUAGUUCCUCUAUAAAUAAGGCUCAACAGUAUGUUGAAGGAGAGUUCGAACGAGUACAGAAUCGUCUGCAGAGGUGCAUAAUGGAGUGCAAUGAUAGCAUAAAAGACAAAAUGGGUCCAUAUCCAGUACAGAGUGAUGUAGAUAAAUAUACUGAAGAGUUUGAGAGAUGUGCAACUAAAUGUGUGGACUCUUAUUGUGAUUUACUGCCUUCUUUAGAAAAGACUAUGAAGAAAGUUCUAAGUAAAAAGGAAUUCUAGUGUUAUUUAAAAGGUAGCUUAUUCUGAACUUUGUAGUUUCAAAAUAAAAAUAUUUACCGUA